UGGGUUGGUCAUUCGCUCGUAUGCUCGUUGUUCUUCUUCGCGCCGGAGACGGGCCAUCAAGGCUUUGUAUUCGUUUGACUAUUACUUCGUCAGCACCAACCGGCGUCUGGUACAAGACGGGGUACAUACUGGUUCUGGUUUUGGUGGUGGUGGUGGGACGUAGACCCAGGCGCCUUUCAGCAUGUUUUCCAAAGUAUGUUCCUCAUGCCCGGCAUCCCUGAGUAUUAACCAGAGCUCGAUGAUCUGUGAGUGUAGAAUGGGCUUGCCGACAGCGGCAUCGUCGAGCGCGGGGUCGUCUUUGCCUGCCUGGAGCUUGUCUUUUGAUGGGUAGCCUAGAUUGUCCCAGAUUUGCAGAGCCUCCACAAUGGAGGGGGUCAUUGUGAGGAGCACCAUGGUUGGGUGUUGAUGAUAUAAUGACGGAUCGCCAAGCCUCACAAAGCUUGCAAGGAUGCAGGCACCCGGUGGGUCCUCAGAGGCCACCAGCCACAACCACAAGCCGAGAACGCCACCUUCUUCAGAACCGGAUGCCAAAAAAUUAUCGGAAAGGAAGUUUUCGGGACCCACAUCACCGGCCUAAAGCAACUUGUGUGCGUAGAGAUCUUUCGUACGACAGGGCCGGAGAUCACGGCUUUCGGAGGAUACCUCGGCGUCGAAUUCCUCCCGGAUACGGCAGAUGACCACACAGUAAACCUACAGAGGUCAAUUGGAUAUCACAGAGGAGGAUUCGACCGGGAACGAGUGUGUGCGGGAAACAUCCCACCUCCAGAGAGAAAUGCAGGGGCCUACAAUGGUGCGCGGGGUCAGCCGGCUUCGCAUGUCAACAUUUUCGAGGGCGACGACGACAACAUGUACCACCUGCCUCAGAUCCAGAGCUCCCCUCGAUAGUAGGAUAGCUCAGUCCAGAGCUCCUUUCCACACCGGAAGACGAGACUCCUCCGCCUGGGCUGCCGCCGUCUCCGUCGCCGGCAACAUCGUCAACAAUGCGAUCACCCGCGCCACCAGAGGGGACAUGCCCUCCGUCGACCCCCUACGGAUCGUCGCCAAGGAGAUGAAGUUUCUCACAGGCAACAUCAGGAAACUCCUCGGGUCCGGCCACCCCUCCCUGGACAGAGCAGCAAAGUACUACACACAAGCCGAAGGCAAGCAUGUCCGGCCACUAAUAGUCCUGCUCAUGUCGCGCGCCACCUCCCUCUGCCCCAAAGCCCCCCAGAGGCAGCAGGCCACUCUCCAGGCCUCGAUGGGCAUCGACAGCUCCAUCUCCCCGCUUUCCGUCCUCUCCGACUUCAACCCUUCCGCGACAGCCGUUGCCCCCGAAGCCGAGACGAACGACCACCCCGACAUUCUCCCUUCGCAAAGGAGACUCGCCGAGAUCACCGAGCUGAUUCACACUGCUUCGCUGCUUCACGACGAUGUGAUUGAUCACUCUGAAUCCCGAAGAGGCUCACCAUCUGCCAACCUCGAGUUUGGCAACAAGAUGGCUGUCCUGGCAGGUGAUUUCCUUCUCGGGAGAGCGUCUGUGGCUCUUGCGAGGUUGCGUCAUGCCGAGGUUAUCGAGCUGUUGGCUACGGUCAUUGCCAACUUGGUGGAGGGCGAGUUCAUGCAGCUGAAGAACACUGCGCGCGACGAGCGCAACCCGCAAUGGUCGGAGGAGACUCUGACGUAUUACCUCCAGAAGACGUACCUCAAGACUGCGUCGCUGAUCAGCAAGAGCUGUCGCGCGGCGGCGCUGCUUGGUGGAAGUGAUGCGGCGACGGUGGAUGCGGCGUAUGCCUAUGGGAAGAACCUGGGUUUGGCGUUCCAGCUGGUGGAUGAUAUGCUCGACUACACCAGGAGCGAGCAAGAACUCGGCAAGCCAGCGGGGGCGGAUUUGGAGCUGGGACUUGCGACGGCGCCUCUGCUGUUUGCGUGGAAGACGAUGCCAGAGCUCGGCGCGCUGGUUGGGAGGAAGUUUGAGAAGGAGGGUGAUGUUGUGAGGGCACGCGACCUGGUUGCGCAGAGUGAUGGUAUCGAGCAGACACGGGCGCUGGCCGAGGACUACGCACAGAAGGCCAUUGAUGCCAUCGCACCGUUCCCAGACAGCGAGGCCAAGGAUGGCCUCAUCGAGAUGGCUGUCAAGACUCUGAAGCGGAAGAAAUAG